AUGUGGAUUGUUCCUAGACCUCAUUAUUCAGUAUCACAACUUUGGGAUCUUUUAGGAGAGAAUGAUUUUUUUCAACUUUUAAAAACAAAACCAACAAACUCUUUAUUUGGUAAACUGGCAAAUUUAGCAAUAGCUGCAAGCGAUCAACAACCAUUGAACUAUAGAAUAGUUUACAAAACUAAACCCCAACAACAAAUUGUGGCCGUUUCAAAUAAGGAAAUUUUACCAAAAAUAAUAGAAUGUGAUUUAGAAACUAGAGAACAAUUUUUAAUUACUAAAGUAUCAGGUAUGGCCAGUUGCUAUAGAGAAGAGGAAGAGGAUCAAAAUGAUGAACAAUCACUAAAUGAAUUUAAAACUCAAUUUGAUAUUGACGAAAAAUUAGUAACAUAUUUUACAUGUUCAUUAUUAAAUAAUAAUAUUAAAAUAAGUAAAGGUAAAAUGUUUAUAACUCAACAAAAGAUAUGCUAUUUUACAUCAAACCCUGUCACAAGAAUAAUGAUACCAUUUCAAAAUGUAAAUUCAAUUUCAAAGGAAAACCCAUUAGGAUUUUUGCCAUCAGCUAUUAAAAUUAAAGCAUGUAUUGGACCAGAUGAUAAAACAGUAUCGGAAUUUUUAUUUUAUUUUAUUUUAAGAGAUCAGGCAUAUGAUUUAUUGGAACAACUUUGGCAAUAUUUAAUGGAUCAACUCUAUGAAUCAACACCACAAGAUUUAACUGACUCACCUUUACCAUUCAAUGGUAAUUCUUCACCAACAUCUCCCUAUCAAGAUUUACAAUCAAUUUAUAGCGACUCAUCACUUUCAGGCAGUACAGGAAUACAAAAUAAUAAUAAUAAUAAUUAUAAUAAUAAUAAUAACAAUGGUAAUACUUCGCCAACAUUAAAACUUAAAACAAAACAUUUAUUAGAUAUAGAGAAAAAGAACAAAUACUUUCAAAAAACUUUUAAACUACCAUCAGAUGAAGAAUAUAUACAGCAUCACUCAUGUUGGAUAGUAAGAAAGAAUUCAAUUAUUGCUGAGCUUUAUAUAUCUCCAAACUUUUUCUGUUUAAAAUAUAAAGAACGUUUUACUGCAAAAAAAUAUACAACCGUUAUUCAUGUUUCACAAAUUGAAUCAAUUCAAAAAACAAAACCAUUCCUUGGUAUAUCGUUCCUUACUGACUCUUUAGAAAUUACUGUUAAAUCUGGUAGAAAGAUUUUAAUUAGAUUAGUUCAUUGUGAUGAAGCAUUAAAUACAAUGAAAAAGUACUGUCAAGUACUUCAAAUCAAUCCACCAAAUGUAAUUGAUGUGCCAUCAUCACCAAAUUUUAAAGAGAAAUUAAGAUUGGAAACAAUUGGCUCAAAUUUAUUUUCACAGGAACCAGAUAGAGUAAUAGAAGAAGAAAGAAUCGAGAAAAAGAAAUUCGAACUUUGGGAUCACUAUUUUAAAAAAAAUGGUAUGGAUACAACAAUGUCCAUAACCUGUAAACUUCAAAAUCUUACACAUUUAGGUAUACCAGAGUAUUUUAGAGGUCAUAUUUGGUCAUUUACAAGUGGUGCAUGUUUUAUGUGGGAAAAAGAAAAAGGUUACUAUGAAAACAUAUUAAAGGAAAACGAAAACAAUACCAGUGUAGCACUUGAAGAAAUCGAAAAAGAUAUUCGUAGAACAUAUCCACAACAUCCAUAUUUUAAAGAAGAUGCACCAGGUAUCGAUGCACUUCGUCGUAUACUGGUAGCCUAUAGUUGGAGAAACCCAACCAUUGGUUAUUGUCAAGGUAUGAAUAUUGUUGCCGCCAUUAUGCUUCUCUAUAUGAAAGAAGAGGCUGCUUUUUGGGUACUCUGCAAGGUAGUCGAAGUUUAUCUUGAUGGCUAUCAUAGUAAAGAAAUGAUUGGUUCGAUUGUUGACCAAAAUAUUUUUGACGAUCUCUGCAAAACUCUUUUGCCAGAUGUAUAUCAACACUUGGAUAAAAUUGGUUUACCUCUUAGAAUUCUUACAUUACCAUGGUUUAUGUGUUUAUUUGUAUCCUAUAUCCCAUACCAAGUCUCAACUCGUGUAAUCGAUUGCCUAUUUUUAGAUGGUACCACUGUAUUGUUCCAAGCUGGUUUAGCAAUUUUAAAAAUCAAUAAAAAUGCAAUUCUCGCCGAAAAAGACUCUGAAGUAGUUGUUAGUUUAUUAAGAAAUAAGAAAUACAAUAUUGACGAAUUAAUAGAUGUCACAUUUAGAGAUUUUGAUAUCUUGGAUGAAAAGAUCAGUGAAUUAAGAAACUCUCUUAAAUUUACUGAAAUUAAAAAAAAUUAUAGAAUUAAAAUGAACAGUAAUACAAAUUUAAAUAAUAAUAGUAACAGUGGUAGUGAAAAUUCCUCUCCAAUAAUAUUAAAUAAUAGUAACAACAAUAAUAACUCAACAACCACUACAACAAUAACACCAAGUGGUAGUGAAUAACUAUUAUUAAUUUUCUUUGCAAUAUAUCAAAAUAAAUUUAUUUUUAAACAACUUUUUUUUAAAUAAAAUAAAUAAAUAAAUAAAAAAUUUAAAAAAGUUCAAUUGGUACUCCUUUUUAAAUAAAAAGUUAAAACCAUAUAUGUGAUAAAAAAAAAAAGAAAACAGAUAAUAAAUAAAAAAAUUCCACCAUAUAAUUAUUAC